CAUAAACACCAUCGGUGGGUAUUUUUUCAGAUCAACGAAUUCCAAAUUAGAGAGAGCAGUAAUUACUAACAUAACUUGUAAACACACACACACAAACACACAUAGUAAUCACUAACAGUAACAUUUUUCUUCCGGAGGCGUAAGUCCAACCAUCUCCCACUCCGAUAUCCCGGCGAUGGGGGUUCCCGCUUUUUACCGGUGGCUGGCAGAUCGGUACCCUAAGUGUAUCGUCGACGUGGUGGAGGAAGAACCUAGAAACGCCGCCAACGGUGCUCCACUGCCCGUCGAUGUGUCCAGGCCAAACCCUAACGGAAUUGAGUUCGAUAACUUGUAUUUGGAUAUGAAUGGUAUUAUUCACCCAUGUUUCCACCCCGAAGGCAAGCCUGCACCUGCCACUUACGAUGAUGUAUUUAAAUCUAUCUUUGAUUACAUCGACCACCUCGUGUCAUUGGUUCGUCCGAGAAAGCUCCUUUAUAUGGCAAUUGAUGGUGUGGCUCCUAGGGCCAAAAUGAACCAGCAAAGAUCGCGACGUUUCAGGGCAGCUAAGGAUGCUGCAGAAGCUGAAGCUGAAGAAGAAAGAUUGAGGAAAGAGUUUGACCUUGAGGGGGCAAAAUUAUUGCCCAAAGAAAAGACUGAAACAUCUGAUUCAAAUGUCAUCACCCCUGGCACUCCAUUUAUGGCAGUGCUCUCUGUAGCCCUUCAGUAUUAUGUACAGUGUAGGUUGAACAGCAUUCCUGGAUGGCGCUUUCUAAAGGUUAUUCUUUCUGAUGCAAAUGUUCCUGGUGAAGGCGAGCAUAAAGUCAUGUCUUACAUUCGUUUACAGCGCAACCUUCCUGGAUUCAAUCCAAAUACAAGGCACUGCCUAUAUGGUCUGGAUGCAGACCUGAUCAUGCUGUCACUAGCUACACAUGAAGUCCAUUUCUCAAUACUGAGGGAGGUAAUUAAUCCUCCUGGGCACCAAGAAAAAUGUUUUCUCUGUGGUCAAGGCGGUCAUCUGGCUGCUGAAUGUCGUGGUGGAACAAAUGACCGCAUUCAAGAUGCAAGUGGGAAGUUUUUAGAUGAUAUCCCUAUUUAUAAGAAAAAGUAUCAGUUUCUCAACAUUUGGGUAUUGCGAGAAUAUUUGGGAUAUGAGAUGGAUAUUCCCAAUCCUCCAUUUGAAAUUGACUUCGAUAGGCUGGUGGAUGACUUUGUGUUUCUGUGUUUCUUUGUCGGCAAUGACUUUCUUCCUCAUAUGCCCACACUUGAAAUUAGAGAGGGUGCCAUAAAUUUGCUCAUGUCUGUAUAUCGGCGGGAAUUUUCUGCAAUGGGUGGUUAUCUUACUGAUGCUGGUGAGGUAUUCUUGGAGCGUGUUGAACACUUUGUUCAGGCAGUUGCAGUGCAUGAAGAUCAGAUAUUUAGAAAGAGAACUCGCAUACAGCAGUCAUAUGAGAACAAUGAAGAGAUGAAACUGAAAGCAAGAGGAGAGACUAGUCUAGAGCCCCGACCUUCAGCCGGGGACAAGGUGAAGUUGGGGGAGCCUGGAUAUAAGGAGAGGUACUAUUCUGAGAAAUUUGGUGUAUCAGAACCAGAGAAGAUUGAUGAAAUCAGAAUGGACGUGGUUUUGAAGUAUGUGGAAGGGCUGUGCUGGGUUUGUCGCUAUUACUACCAAGGUGUCUGCUCAUGGCUUUGGUACUAUCCAUAUCAUUAUGCUCCAUUUGCAUCUGAUCUUAAAGGCUUAGCUGAUUUGGAGAUAACCUUUUUCCCUGGAAAGCCAUUUAAACCCUUCGAUCAGCUAUUAGGAACCCUACCAGCUGCAAGUUCUACUGCUCUUCCCGAAAGAUACAAGCAAUUGAUGACUGAUCCUGCAUCACCUAUUUAUAAUUUCUACCCAACUGAUUUUGAAAUUGACAUGAACGGAAAGCGCUUUGCUUGGCAGGGUAUCGCCAAAUUGCCAUUCAUUGAUGAGAAUAAACUGCUUGGCGAGACAAAGAAGAUUGAGAAUACCUUGACGGAGGAAGAGAAAUUCCGAAAUACUAUCAUGUCUGAUUUGCUGUAUGUUCAUCCCCUUCAUGAUUUGGCAGCCCAAAUUACCAUUUAUUAUCGCCUUUGUGUAAUGGAAAAAUUGCCGUGGACUAUUGAUACUAUUGCAAGUGGUGGAAUGAAUGGAUUCAUGUCUUUGACUAAAAGAAAUAGCUUGAGACAAGUGAUCCCUUCCCCAGUCAAUGGGUUCGAAGACAUCACGAAUAAUCUAGUUCUAAAUAUCACUUAUCUUAAUCCAGCUCCGCAUGCUCACAUUCCAAAGCCACCUGAAGGUGUAAAGAUGCCUAAUAAGAUUUUGAGGCCUAUUGACAUAAAACCAUUACCAGCAUUAUGGCAUGAAGAUAACCGUGGAAGGCACCAGCAAGUCAGAGAGAGACCACAAGUAUCUGGGGCAAUAUCUGGCUCUGUAUUGGGAGAAGCUGCUUACCGUCUGGUCAACAACUCACUGAACAUCAAGUCAGACCGGACAACAAAUCCUCGCAAUUUCCAGGGAAAUCAAUUAGCCAAUAGGAUGCGGCCAGCUGGACCAACUGGCUAUGAAAGAGGGCAAUAUGGGAAUGAAAGAGGGCAAUAUGGGAAUGAAAGAGGGCAAUAUGUAAAUGAAAGAGGGCAAUAUGGGAACGAAAGAGGGCAAAGAGGGCAAUAUGGGUAUGAAAGAGGAGGUGCUGGUCGAUAUGGUUAUAACGAACAAGGAUAUUACGAUGACCCAAAUUUUGUCAAUGGACAAUACAGCCCUCAUGCUCCUCCAAUAAGCAGUGGUGCUAAUAAUACUUACGGUGUCCCUGUAAAUGAUAGAUACACAUAUCAGGAACAGUAUCCUGAACUAAGAAACGGCAUGUCUGCUUUGACACUUGAAGGCAAUUUUAGAAGCAGGCCAAAUUCUGGUCAAGUAUCAUCUUCGAGAUCGUCAAAUUCUGGUCAACCCGGUCAGAACACGGGGGGCCCACUUCCCUCACCGCCUCCUAAAUGGAUCGAUAGGCGUGGUGGUGGAUCUGGGAAUGCAGUAAUGUACAGUGGGCAGCAGCAGCAGAGUUCUUCAUUGUCUGGACUGCAUGAGAGACAGGCUAAGAUGGUCUACCAGGUCAAAAGUAAGUCAGCACAGGAUCUGUUGGAUUCGGAAUUCCAGCAGUGACUCGCAACUACGUAAUUGGCUCCGACGAAGUUGCAAGCGGAUGUAUUGUUGUAUUUCUAGCACCAGUAAAUCGUACCUAUCGUUGAAGUGCAUUACAAAGACAGUUUUAGUCAAGCCUGAUAUAAAGGUGGGUUCAAGCACAUUUUAUUUGAUAGCUCAGCUUGUUCAGGCAAUGUUAUAUUACAGGUUCUUGGAAACAAUACAAAUUUUAUGCUUCUCUUUCUUUUCUUUUCGUUUUUUUUCGUCAUUUAUGUUAAUUUCGGAAACUUCGUAUGUGUUGUUUCAACUUGGUAGACUAGUUAAGCCUUGGUAAUUGGACCAUGGUAGAGCAUUGUGCGUCGCUCUAGUCGAGGAACUCAAAUUUGGAUGGAACUUUAGAGACUACAUAGUUUGGAAGAGUAUCGGUUUUACAUAUUAUGAAAUUCAAAAACUUAGUUAUCUUA